AUGCUUGUGGGCGGAAGGCCAAAAAAGGGCAUUGAGGGAGUUGGGUUGUGCCCAGAAGUAGCCUCUCUGCUUUUGGGUUUCUUACCCAAAUUAUGAGAAAACUGUUUUUAUCUCAAAAUAUCGUUAGAAAAGAAAGUCCCAGCGCUCGGAGGCUUAGCUGACAGGAGGGGAAAGGUGCGUGGCUGCGAGUCUCAGAACUACUGAGGCCCCGACACCGGUGUUGGCCCCAGCGCCCCACGAGUGCACGAUUCCUCCCCGGCCCCAAGCAUGGGAACCCCGAAACCGCGGAUCUUGCCCUGGCUGGUGUCGCAGCUGGACCUUGGGCAAUUGGAAGGCGUGGCCUGGCUGGACGAGAGCCGCACUCGGUUCCGGAUCCCGUGGAAGCAUGGCCUGCGGCAGGAUGCCCAGAUGGCUGACUUUGGCAUCUUCCAGGCCUGGGCUGAAGCCAGCGGUGCCUACAUCCCAGGGAAGGAUAAGCCCGACCUGUCGACCUGGAAGAGGAAUUUCCGGUCAGCUCUGAACCGGAAAGAAGUGUUGCGAUUAGCCGAUGAUCAGAGCAAGGACCCUUUUGACCCUCAUAAAGUGUAUGAGUUUGUGACCCCAGCAGCAAGGGACUUUGCACAUCUGGACACCUCUCCUGAUCCCAAUGGCAGAAGCAGUCUGUCUGAUCCCCAGGAAGACCUCCGGGAAUUACUGGGUGACAUGGUCUUGGAACCUCUCCCAGAUGAGGGGUCCUCAGACCUGGCUAUUGCUCCUGAUCACUCUCAACUACUACUAAGCCCGAAUCUGGACAACCUCCCAAACCUGGCACCCCAGGAAAAUCCACUGAGGCAGCUGCUAGCUGAGGAACAAUGGGAGUUCGAAGUGACCGCUUUCUAUCGGGGCCGGCAGGUCUUCCAGCAGACACUCUUUUGCCCAGGGGGCCUGCGGCUGGUGGGCACCACAGCUGAUAACAGGACACUGCCCGGACAGCCAGUCACCCUGCCAGACCCUGAGGGGUUUCUGACGGACAGGCUUGUGAGAGAGUAUGUGAGCCAAGUACUCAAGGGGCUGGGCAAGGGGCUGUUUCUGUGGCGGUCAGGGCAGUGUCUCCGGGCCCAGCGUCUGGGCCACUCCCAUUCUUUCUGGGCUCUGGGUGACGAGCUGCUUCCAGACAGUGGGCGAGGGCCAGAUGGAGAGGUUCCCAAAGACCAGGACGGAGGUGUGUUCGACCUUGGGCCCUUUGUGACAGAUCUGAUUGCCUUCAUGGAAGGAAGUGGACACUCCCCACGCUACACUCUGUGGUUCUGUGUAGGGGAGUCGUGGCCCCAGGACCAGCCAUGGGUCAAGAGGCUUGUGAUGGUCAAGGUUGUUCCCACGUGUCUUAAGGAGCUGUUAGAGAUGGCUCGGGAAGGGGGAGCCUCCUCACUGAGAACUGUGGACUUGCACAUCUCCAACAGCCAGCCUAUCUCCUUCACUUCUGACCAGUACAAGGCCUACCUCCAGGACUUGAUGGAGGACAUGGACUUCUAGGCCACCAGAGACACCUGAGCCCUGCCCAGCUGCCACCAAUAAAGCAUUUUAUG